UCAACAAGCCUCACCGCCUGCAUUGCAGUACUCACAACGCUCCAGUCUACUUCACCCACCACCGAGAAACAGACAGACGAGCCGGAAAACAGCGGAGUCAUGCUGUUCCUAACUCUACUUUUCGUGUCUUCAGCUGUGGCGACCCCUCUGCUGGGCACUGAGCAAUGUGCCCGAGGCCCCACCUACUGGUGCCAGAAUGUAAAGGCGGCGUCUCUGUGCGGAGCUGUGACUCACUGCCAGCAGAACGUCUGGAACAAGCCCCAGAUGAAAUCAGUGCCAUGUGACUUGUGUAAAGAGGUGUUGAUGGUGGUGGAGCAGAUCCUGAAGGACAAUGCCACGGAGGCUGAGGUUCUUGGGUACCUGGAGAAGGCCUGCCAGCUCAUCCCUGAUCAAGGUUUGACUGCAGAGUGCAAGGAGAUGGUGGAUGACUACUACCCCAUCCUCAUGGGAAUUAUUAAAGGAGAACUGGAGGAUCCCAGUGUGGUGUGUGGAGCCAUGGGGCUGUGUCAGUCUCAGCAGGUAGCCCUGGCUAAGGCUCAUGCCCAGGAGCAGCUCGUGUCAAAUGAAAUCCCUCAGAUGGACCUCGCCCAGCAAGUGUCUCCUUUCCUCAUCAAUGUGCCUGAGCUCCUCUAUCCUCAGGAGAGCCCCAAGCAGGAGGCCCCCAAACAAGAGACUCCAAAACAGGAAAAUGAUGAUGUGUGCCAAGACUGCGUCAAGUUCCUGGCUGACACUCAAGCAGAAGCCAAGACCAACUCCUCGUUCGUCGACUCUCUCAUUGAGAACAUUGAGAACCAGUGUGACCUGCUGGGGCCAGGCAUGUCUGAAAUGUGCAAGCAGUAUGUCAGCCAAUAUGGUACCCUCGUUGUUCAGCAGCUCAUGUCCAUGGAACAGCAACCCAAGGAUAUCUGUGUCCUCGCUGGCUUCUGUACUGCUAUGAAGAAGUCCAUUCCCAUGCUGCAGCUGCAGCCUGCCCAGACUGUGCCUGCUGCCAAGACUGUACCUGCUGCCAAGACUGUAGCUGCUCUCAAGCUUUUCUCUGCCACAAAGGUUGAGUCUGCCACUGACAAGUCUGCAACGCCCAUGGUGCGUGUCCGUGAGUCCCCAACAUGUGCCAUCUGUGAGUUUGUGAUGAAACAGUUGGAGACUAUAUUGGAAGAUCAGAAAACAGAGGAGGAGGUGAUUCAUGCGGUGGAGAAGGUAUGCACAUAUCUGCCCUCUUCUCUAAGUGCCCAGUGUAAGGACCUGAUUGAGACCUACGGCCAGGCCAUCAUUGAGCUGCUGGUGCAACAGACUGACCCAAAGACCAUCUGCACGGUGUUGGCACUCUGCAAUGAUGCCAGCCGUGCAUAUGUCCCUGCACUUGACCAGACUCGCUUUAAGGCUGGUGGCUACUGCCAGGUUUGCAAGAUGGCCGUCAACUACAUCGAUGUUCUUCUGGAGAAGAAUGCAACUGAGGCACAGAUUGAAGAGGCUGUGAGGAAAGUAUGCAGCUUCCUGCCCAGCUCUUUCCAGGCCGAAUGUGACCAGAUGAUUGAACAGUAUGAGCCAGUGCUCAUUCAGCUGCUUCUCCAGAUGCUCGACCCAGACUUUGUGUGCAUGAAAGUGGGAGCCUGUCCUGAAGCUGCGCGCAUGCUGCUGGGAACAGAGCAGUGCAGCUGGGGACCUGCAUUCUGGUGCAAGAACAUGGAGACAGCAACUCGGUGCAAUGCUGUGGCUCACUGCAAACGCCAUGUGUGGGUAUAGAGGAAGAGAAAGGACAAAUUGUUCUGUAGGGAAUUAAAAGAUAAAAAUACUGUAGUGCUGCUUCCCACUUUUAAUUUGUGUCCUUUUCUUUUUUUUUUUUAAUGGAUGUGCAGUUUAAAUUAACUUGGAUAUUUUGAAUAAGGUCAUGGUGGAAAGGGACUGGCCAUUUAGUUUUUUUUUUCUGGAGGGUGGGGCAGGGGAGGAGUAAUGAGGUAGAUAGUGGUCUUACUGCUUCACUGAGCAGGAGUCCCAAAGCUUCACUUUUGGGCUUUGUGUAUGAUUUGCAUUGUACUUACCUUUGUUGCUUUCUGGGUAUAGUCUAUGUAAAAACAAAUUCAAGUUUCACAUAUUGUAUUAUGUUGAUACAGCAUCAGAUGGCUGCUGUUUUGGCAGCCCCCCACAACAUUUGUUUGAUUUCUUCUCCCUGGAGGAACUGAUUGCAAAUGGGAUAGACUACUCCGUGUGUUUAAGAAUGACAGUUAUUACUUUUAGCAGUAUGUCUGAUCCUUAAACAAAUUUAUAUUUUGUAGAGAAAAUGUGUGUUCUUGUUUUAAGGAGAUGAUAUUGAGGUCAUUGGUCUGAGUGUACUUCCCCACUCCUCUCCUAAUUGUUUGCGCUCUUCCUGUUUGUAAAUCACUGUUUCUAACAUACAGAGGGCAUCUCUAAUAUGAUUGUUGUCUGCCUCAAACCCUGAGCCACCUGUCAGUUGAUCUGUCAAUUUUAACAAUUAAAGUGGCCCCAAUCCA